AACAUAUUUAUAGAUGCACCGGGUUGAGGUUGUCUGGGGUUCAGCUCGUGGUGUCAUGGUGACCUCCUUGUGAUGGCGAGUUACAGCAGAUCAGCCCAGCAAUGGGCCACCUUUGCCAGAAUGUGGUAUCUUAUUGAUGGAAAGAUGCAGCCACCAGGGAAGAUCGCAUCUCUCUGCGCCGUGCACCUGAAGGGGAAACACAAGCCGACGUAUCAUGCGCUAAGUGACUGUGGAGACCAUGUUGUGGUGAUCAAUACCAGACAUAUCGCCUUCUCUGGAAAUAAAUGGGAGCAGAAGGUUUAUUCUUCACAUACGGGGUACCCCGGAGGAUUCCGACAAGUGACUGCAGCCGAGCUCCACCGCAGGGACCCGACGGCGAUCAUGAAACUAUCUGUUUACGGAAUGCUACCAAAAAACCUGCACAGAAGGACGAUGAUGCAGAGGCUGCACCUCUUCGCUGAGAAUGAAAUUCCAGAAGACAUCAUGAAGAAUCUUGUUACGGAGAUCCGACAACCAAGGAUAGUUCCAAAGAGACUGGACGAGUAUUCUCAGGAUGAAAUUGAUGCUUUCCCAAGACUCUGGUCUCCACCUUCAGACUAUUUGCUGAAAUGACCUACCAGCUAACAGAAGAACUAGAGCCAAUACUGACGAUUCCCUCCAUCGAAUAUCCACUUAAUUCCUGUUUCUUUAUGUUUAUUACAAUAAAAACCUGUUUUGUCGAAUAAAA